GAAGAGGAGGGGAGAGGAGGAGAGGGGAGGGAAAAGGAAGGGAGGAGAGAAGAGGAGGGGAACCGCCAUGGGGCCUUGGAGUCGAGUCAGGGUUGCCAAAUGCCAGAUGCUGGUCACCUGCUUCUUUGUCUUGCUGCUGGGCCUCUCUGUGGCCACCACGGUGGCUCUCACCUACUUUGGGGCCCACUUUGCUGUCAUCCGCCAAGCGUCCCUGGAGAAGAACCCGUACCAGGCUGUGCACCGAUGGGUCUUGUCUGUGGGGUCGAGCCUGGUGGGCCUCCUGACUCUGGGAGCCGUGCUGAGCGCUGCAGCUACCGUGAGGGAGGCCCAGGGUCUCAUGGCCGGGGGUUUCCUGUGCUUCGCCCUGGCAUUCUGCGCACAGGUGCAGGUGGUCUUCUGGAGACUCCACAGCCCCACCCAGGUGGAGGAUGCCAUGCUGGACACCUAUGACCUAGUGUAUGAGCAGGCAGUGAAAGGCACAUCUCAGGUCCGGUGGCAGGAGCUGGUGGCCAUCCAGGACACGUUUCUGUGCUGUGGGAAGAGAUCUCCUUUCAGCCGUCUCGGGAACACAGAGGCUGACCUGUGUCAGGGAGAACAGGCAGCAAGAGAGGACUGCCUGCAGGGCAUCUGGAGCUUCCUGAGGACACACCAGCAGGUCACCUCUAGCCUGACCACCAUCGGCCUGGCCCUCACGGUGUGCGCCUUGCUCCUCAGCUCCUUCCUGUGGCUUGCCAUCCAUUCUGGAUGCAGCUUGGAUCGCAAGGGCAGAUACACCCUGGCCCCACGAGCAUGUGGCCACCAGCCCCAGGAGCCCAGCCUCUUGAGACGCUCCCAGGGUAGACCUGCACGUUAUCCUCACCCCGAAGCAGAUGCUAUUGGUCCAAGAGGAUGCUCGGGCCGUCUUCAGUGGCUUCAGGACAAGGAUUCUGUACCUCAGCCCCUGUCCCAACACCUGACUGCCCACAGAAGUGAAGACACCCCUACUGUCAGCCCUCAUGGGAGAGUUCAAGCUGUGAGCAGGGGAGGGAGUGAAAGCCCAGCCAGAGAGCCAGGCUCCAUUGGGAACAGAUUUGGGUAUUUCACCAAAUCCCUCUGUGGGAACAGGCUGGGCGCAAGCACAGAGGAGGUCACACUGGAGGGAGCAGCCCAGGGCAGACUGCAAGACCCCGGUGGUCCAUGCCCUGCAGGGCUCCACCCAGACACAAGCCACGCUGGUUUUCCAUGCUGCGUAAGAAGCGGCACAGAUGUAAGGACUGCAAGUAGCACCCGUUUAUGAUCUCGCAGUUCUCCAGGGCAGGGGUCCCAGUGGGCUCAGUGGGCACCCUGUGCGGGGUCUCUCAGGCUCACGUCAGGCCUUGGUGGGCUGCACUGUUAUCUGGAGGCUCCAGGGAAGCGUCUGCCUCCAGGACCAUUCAGGCUGUUGACAAGUCAACUCCUCAUGGCUGUAGGACUGAGGUUCCCAUGUCCUGUCCCUGCUCCCGUGGCCCCUCCACCUUCAAACCAGCAAUGGCACACUAAGUAGGCUGCCGUCAAAUAUACAUCACAUAGAAUUCGCCAUCUGAACCAUUUUUUAAGUGUAUGGUGUGUGUCAUUAAACACAUUCACAUUGCUGUGCAACCACUGCCAC